AUGGCAUGUCAGUCUGAGAUCCAUCACGUCUCUAAAACCAACUUUUUGUGUGAGUAUUGCUCAAAGGCAUUUUCCAACGCCUCAAACUUAAGGAGACAUCUCAGAAUCCACACCGGAGAGAAUCGAUACUUCUGUAAUCAGUGUCCAAUAACAUUCUCCGAUGUUUCAAAUUUAAAAACACAUAUGAGGAUCCAUACUGGCGAGAAACCGUAUUCCUGUGUUCAUUGUCUAAAGACAUUUUCCAGGGAUUCAUGUUUAAAAAGACAUCUGAGAAUGCAUUCUGGAGAGAAGCCGUAUUCCUGUGAACAAUGCUCAAAAGCAUUCUCCAGCGGUUCUGAUUUAAAUAGACAUUUGAGAAUGCAUUCUGGAGAGAAACCGUACUCCUGUGAGCAAUGUUUAAAAGCUUUUUCCGACGCUUCACAUUUAAAGGUGCAUCUGAGGACCCAUACAGGCGAGAAACCGUAUCCCUGUAAACAUUGUUCAAAAGCCUUUCCCGACGCUUCACAUCUGAAGGUGCAUCUGAGGACCCAUACAGGAGAGAAACCGUAUCCCUGUCAACACUGUUCAAAAGCCUUUCCCGACGCUUCACAUUUGAAGGUACAUCUGAGGACCCAUACAGGCGAGAAACCGUAUUCCUGUGAUCAUUGCUCAAAAGCUUUUUCCAACGUUUCACAUUUCAAGGUACAUAUGAGGAUCCAUUCUGCAGAGAAACCGCAUUCUUGUGAACAUUGAUAAAAAGCCUUUUCCAACGAUUCACAUUCCAAGGUGUAUAUGAGGAUCCAUACUGGCGAGAAACCGUAUUCCUGUGGUCAUUGUUUAAAGACAUUUUCCAGGGAUUCAUGUUUAAAGAGACAUCUGAGAAUGCACUCUGGAGAGAAGCCGUAUUCCUGUGAACAAUGCUCAAAAGCAUUUUCCAGCGGUUCUGAUUUAAAUAGACAUUUGAGAAUGCA